AUGGAGGCAGCAGCUGACUGCCUACUGAUUGAAAUACAGAACUUUUGCGUUUCGCCUCACCCAGCCGCUCUGCCCUGGUUUGCCCGGCCGCCCUGGCCCUCCUCCCGCAGCCUUAGGUCGCUGCGGAUCUGCCGCGCUGGGACACCUGUCCCCGCCCAGGCGUCCUCACUCAGCCUGCGGCUCCGUGGGAGGGGCUGUCCUUGCUGGGCGGAGGGGCCGAGGCGGCCUGGGAGCGACGCGGGCGUGCGCUCUGUCCACAGCGCCGUGGGAAAGACCUGCCUGCUGAUCAGCUACACGACCAACGCCUUCCCCGGAGAGUACAUCCCCACCGUUUUCGACAACUACUCGGCGAAUGUGAUGGUGGACGGCAAACCGGUCAACCUGGGGCUGUGGGACACGGCGGGGCAGGAGGACUACGACCGGCUGCGGCCCCUCUCCUAUCCCCAAACUGACGUCUUCCUCAUUUGCUUCUCCCUGGUGAGCCCCGCCUCCUUUGAGAAUGUUCGAGCCAAGUGGUACCCGGAGGUGCGGCACCACUGCCCCCACACGCCCAUCCUCCUGGUGGGCACCAAGCUGGACCUCCGUGACGACAAGGACACCAUUGAGCGGCUGCGGGACAAGAAGCUGGCGCCCAUCACGUACCCCCAGGGCCUGGCCAUGGCCCGGGAGAUUGGCUCUGUCAAGUACCUGGAGUGCUCGGCCCUGACCCAGCGGGGCCUGAAGACAGUGUUUGACGAGGCCAUCAGGGCUGUGCUCUGCCCGCCGCCCGUCAAGAAGCCUGGGAGGAAGUGCACGGUCCUCUAGGGCCCGGCUUCGGGGACGGCAGCCCCGCCCAUGUCCACGGUCGUGUUGUGUCCACCUGUGUCCCUGAGUCUGCUGUGGGGAGUGGUGUGGGGGGAGGGGAGGAAGC